CAUUGUAUACAUACACAUCUACCUCUUCAAUAUACCUGCCACACUAUAUAGAUACAUGUCAGUUCAACAACCACCUGUGGCGUAGAUAUAGGUGUGCGCGGAUACGACUGUAUAUAAUAAUAUGUAAAUCUCUGCGUGGGAAUUUUUUUCUCCAUUAUCAAUCCCUCGGGCUUCCACCUUUCGAUCUUGUUGUUAAUAGAGCUGCGUUGCGAUUAAUAGCAUCUUCGAGUUGGAAUUUUUUGUACGCGAUUGCGCGAGUUUAUUAUUGUGAUAACGGGGACUGCUCCGACUCUUGGUAAACAAUCUUUGUUUACGUUACACAUGGCGUCUGCUCUACCUGGUACAUUGCCUUGCAUCGACGUGCCUUUCAUUUUUUUUUAAUCCUUUCGUUCGUAGAUCGGCACGCACAGCUGUUAGUUUGUAUAUUAAUUAGCACGUUUAGCGGCCGAUUGACUUCGAAAAAAUGCAAAACUCGAGAGAAAUGGCGCAAAUGCCCAAGAACGGCGUGGACGGACUGCCAAAGAAUUUCAUAAGUGCAAUGAGGACUCUCUUUGACAUAAUGGACGAUCAUCACACUGGCUACGUCAACUAUGCAGACAUCGAGACUCGAUGGCGCGACGAUGAGUCCUCUGGAUUACCCAAAGGAGUUCUGGAGUGCAUAAAGAAAGUCACACCCCCCAAUGGUCUUUUGACCUUUGAUAGAUUUUGCGCAGGCUUAAAAUUGGCCCUGUCACAUACCCAAGCGAUGAACGAUGCCAAGCAGCUGGAUCCAAAUCAACCAAACAGGCCACCAUCAGCACCUGUACUCGAGAGCCAAGCUAAAAAUGUUUGGAUUUCUCCAAACACUGCUGCUAUCAGACCAAAUAAUAUAAUAUCUCAGCAGAGGACGCUCAGCAUGCCACAGUUGCCUGGAAGAAAGGAAGUGAAUCAUCAGCCUUUCGAUGUAGAUGUUAGAAUUUCAACAGAGCCAAAACAAAUCAAAGUCUAUGGUCCACCAAAACCUCCACGUACUGGUGCAGCUUUAGAUAAUAGAAUUUUAACUGGAGAUAGAAAUUUUGAUAAAUCAGAAAUCAGAACUGCGCUUCAAAAUUGGCAAAUAGGUGUAAUGAUGGGAACAGAUAAGAAUUCUGAUAAGCGUCAAAUACCUGGAACAAAGUGGUCACCUAAUACUAAUAAUAUGAUGUAUCCAAUUCGUGAUAUGGGAGAUGGUAGAGCUGUUGAUGCUCAAUCUUCACAUCAGUUAGCCAUGCAAAUGCAGAAAAAAACUACAAAUCGCAGAAGAGAGCCAAGGAGGCAUACUUUACAAAAUGGUAUAGAUUAUAAUAUGAUUAAAAAACUUAAACAAAUAGAAGAAGAGAAAGAAGUACUACUCAUGGGAUACAAUGCUGUUGAAAAAGCAAGAGAAUGGUAUCUGAAACAAAUUUCCUUCGUUCAAGAAAAAAUGAAACAAGUAGAAAUAAUGGGAUCACAUGAACCAUGGUCUGGAACACAAAUGGAAAAAUUGAUGUUGCAACGAGCAAGAGUGGUAGAAGCCAACAGACAUUUAGCAACAUUAAUAGCGACAUGGGACAAAGGAGGCUUACCACACAUGAAUUUAGAAUUCAUGAGUUAUCCAGCGACGAAUCAUCAAUACCAGCAAGACAUGCUGUCCAGAUUGAAGCAAAAAAAUCAUCGACUAACGGAGGAGGUCAAUAAAAAGAGCCACCGAAUAGCUUUGCUGGAGCAAGAGAAGGACAGCCUGAUGCGAGAGCUAUACGAUCGUCAUCAGAGCGGUGUAAUCCAGUCUCGGAGAUCGACGAUGAUACACGAGCAACACGAUCAAACAUUCAUAAUUUAGCUGAACGCUUGGAAACGUGCAAUACAUAGAGAAAGGGAAUCAAAGAUUAAGCCACACGCGUCGAGACUGACUCAGGCUAGUCGAACUGCGUGUGCUUGCGUUGUUUUAUUUUAUUUUUUUAAACUUUUUUAAUCAAAGUGAAUAAGUCUGUAAUCUUAAUAUUUUACUUCGAGUCGAGUAAUAAUUAAUUAUUAUUAAUUUAAAAAAAAUUAUAAGUCGUGACUAAUCCAAUGUAAACCUUAAGCGAGUCGACGUUUUAUAACCAAACGCUGUGAAAUCAUCCGAUCCAUUUUUUGUACUUAAUUGUUGUAUCGUACUUUUAGCAAUUAUUUUUUAUCUAUUUUACGUAUUUCAAAUAAUUGUUUCGUUGCCCAUACAUAUUGACAUUAUUUAUAUAUAUUUAUAUACGUUUUGCAAUUUUUUUGUGAAUAAAUUAUAAUUA